CGAACCCCAUCUCUACCUUGCCUGUGGCUGGGGGAGGGGGCUUGUGUGGGAGAAACCAGGAAGAGAAAUGGUAUGAAUGUAUUUGACAACUUCAACCUCAUGUAGCCUGAAUAGCUAGUGUCUAUUUGACGAAUACAUUUUACUCGACACAACGGAGACCCACUUGCUUUAUGUAAAAGUGAAAUACAAAUUUAGAUAACCCCAGCUUUGAAACGAAAAAGGUUAAAGUUCACAGGAAGCUGGGGGGCUACCAUUUUUCACUGCUGCUUACAUUUUAGAUGCUAGAGAGGGAGGGGUGGUCGUCGUGGUUUUAUUUAAUUUCUCCAGACUAUUGAGCUGUACACGUUUUUUUUGUUUGUUUCGCCACCCCUACUCACUAACAAUUGAUGUUGAAUGAAUUCGGCAUGGAGAGAAUAGCGGAGCAGUCGUGGAAUUCUUCAUACACCUAUCAGGUGAGCAAGCAUAGCGCGGAGAUGCUACACAACCUCAACAUUCAGAGGAAAGAUGGAGGCAAGUUUUGCGAUGUGAUCUUGCGCGUCGGCGAAGAGAGCUUUCCUGCCCACAAGGCGGUACUGGCGGCGUGCAGCGAGUAUUUCGAGUCCGUUUUUGGUUGUCAAACGGAGGGCGACGGGGAGGCAAAAGAGCUCGAGAUGCAUACGAUAAGUCCCAAAGUUUUUAAAGAUAUUUUGGACUUUGCCUACACCUCUAGGAUUGUGGUACGAUUGGAAUGUUUCCCCGAGUUGAUGACGGCUGCUAAAUUUCUGCUAAUGCGUUCUGUCAUCGAGAUAUGCCAAGAAGUAAUCAAACAGUCCAAUGUAAAAAUUCUUGUUCCACCCUCAAGAAGAGGCGACGUCAGUUUAUUCCGUGCCACGGGGGGCUCUGAAUUUAGUUUCACAUUGGCUGUAGACAACUUGUCAAAUGGGAAUGGCUUGUUUACCAACAAUGGGCAGACGCAUAAUGUGGAUGGAAAUCGGGCCAAUGAUACAGUCAUGUCGGAUGGCAGCCCCCAGUCCUCUAUGCCAGUCCUGCAGCCCGUGUCUCCAUCAGAGAUGACGGGCAACCCGUUCCAAGAAGAGGGCUCUUCGGGUUCCAAGAGAGGCAGGGGGCGACCAAAGAAGGGGACAGUCAUGGAACCUAUUCAUUACAACAUCAGCACCUCUGAUGUUAAAGAAGACAUUGAGCAGAUAUUUCCUUGUGGAAUAUGUGGCAAGGCAUUUACAGAGGCUGUGCGGUUGAGAAACCACGAAGCGCAGCAUGGAGCGUCCAGCCAUGGCGCGAGUAGCGGCGACGGCUUGUCUGGCGAGGGAGGCCCUACCUCGAUAUCGCACUCUGGUCAGCCCGGUCUGUUGGAGAAUGGCAUGCCAUUGCAUGGAGGAGUAGGCAUAGAAAACAGCCGUAAGCGCGAGAGGACGAGACGUCACGUUGGCUGUGACAUUUGUGGGAAGGUGUUCCGGGAUGUUUACCACCUGAACCGACACAAGUUGUCUCAUUCUGGGGAAAAGCCAUAUGCUUGCCAUGUCUGUGGCCUGCGGUUCAAGCGCAAGGACAGGAUGUCAUACCAUGUCAGGUCACAUGAUGGAUCUGUGGGUAAACCCUACCUCUGUCAAAGCUGUGGAAAGGGGUUUUCCAGGCCAGACCAUCUGAAUGGACACAUCAAGCAGGUUCACACAACAGAGAGACCCCAUAAGUGCCAGAUUUGUAAUGCUUCCUUUGCUACAAGAGAUCGCCUGCGGUCCCACCUAGCUUGUCACGAGGACAAGAUCCCCUGCCAGAUGUGUGGGAAGUACCUCCGAGCUGCGUACAUGACCGACCAUCUCAAGAAACACAGUGAAGGACCUCACAACUACUGUGGUAUAUGCAACAAAGACGGACAGGAGAAUGCUGGAAAAUGCCCCCAUCAAGGAGAAUCUGAGGGAGAUGAGCCGUUGUUCGGGGAUCUGUCCAACGGCGACGAAAUUAAGUCUACGCACAAGUCUGAGGAAGAGGAGCUUGGGAUGCCGUUUGACUGCAACGGAGCCUCUACCGAUGCUGUGGGAGGGUCGCCACCAGGUGACGUUAAAGCCAAGACCAGCCAGGACUCUCCAGUGAAGAAGUUCCCUUGCAGCGAGUGCACCCAGACCUUCCGCACCAAGUCUUACCUCAAUAAGCACGUCAACAGAGUGCACCAUCAUGGGGUCCAGAAGAGUCUAGUGGUGAGUGUAGGGUCGGGGUCAGGUCUGGGGGAUCUGGGUCCUUCCCUGGGCUCACCCUUCUCCCCUCAACAGAACAUGUCUCUGCUGGAGUCAUUUGGCUUCCAGAUCGUCCAGUCUGCCUUUGCCUCGUCGCUGGUGGACUCUGAGGCAGGACAUAGUGGGAUGGAGCUGGGGGGGAAGUGACCUGUAGCUCAGUGGGGGGGAAGUGACCAAUAGGUUAAUGUGGGGGAAAGUGAACCUAGAUUUGUGUGGGAAAUUUGCCCUAGUUAGGUCUGUUCAGCCUAUCAGAUGUAAGGGAAUGGCAUUGUCUAUAGACUGCUCUUGACGUUGUCUAUAGACUGCUCUUGACGUUGUCUAUAGACUGCUCUUGACGUUGUCUAUAGACUGCUCUUGACGUUGUCUAUACACUGCUCUUGACGUUGUCUAUACACUGCUCUUGACGUUGUCUAUACACUGCUCUUGACGUUGUCUAUAGACUGCUCUUGACAUUGUCUUUUGACUGCUCUUGGCAUUGUCUAUAGACUGCUCUUGACGUUGUCUUUUGACUGCUCUUGGCAUUGUCUAUAGACUGCUCACGACGUUGUCUUUUGACUGCUCUUGGCGUUGUCUAUAGACUGCUCUUGGCAUUGUCUAUAGGCUGCUCUUGACGUUGUCUAUAGACUGUUCUUGACGUUGUCUAUAGACUGCUCUUGGCAUUGUCUGUAGACUGCUCUUGACGUUGUCUAUAGACUGCUCUUGACGUUGUCUAUAGACUGCUCUUGGCGUUGUCUAUAGACUGCUCUUGGCGUUGUCUAUAGACUGCUCUUGGCGUUGUCUAUAGACUGCUCUUGGCGUUGUCUAUAGACUGCUCUUUGCGUUGUCUAUAGACUGCUCUUGGCGUCGUCUAUAGACUGUUCUUGACGUUGUCUAUAGACUGCUCUUGGCAUUGUCUGUAGACUGCUCUUGACGUUGUCUAUAGACUGCUCUUGACGUUGUCUAUAGACUGCUCUUGACGUUGUCUAUAGACUGCUCUUGGCGUUGUCUGUAGACUGCUCUUGGCGUUGUCUAUAGACUGCUCUUGGCGUUGUCUAUAGACUGCUCUUGGCGUUGUCUAUAGACUGCUCUUGGCGUUGUCUAUAGACUGCUCUUGGCGUUGUCUAUAGACUGCUCUUGGCGUUGUCUAUAGACUGCUCUUGGCAUUGUCUAUAUACUGCUCUGCUGUUCAUGGCAUCAUCGCUCACUGUUGUUUUAUUACAUUCUGUGUCAUGGAGCUCGCUAUUACUAUCUAUAUACAGCAUUUCUUUAUGAAGACCAUUUCAGAGCAGAAUAUAAAAUGUACAUUAACAUGAAUUAUUUUAACAUUAAGAAACUUAGACAGCAGAUUUUAGGAAGCUGUUAUCUUCCUUUUUGAUUGUAUUUGUAUUGUUGUUUAUGACAUAACCAUGCCCUUAAGAUCCGUUACCAUACACAUGCACAUAUAAGAAAAAUAUAUUAGUAAAUGCUGUUAUUAUCAUGUCAGGUAAUGGAAAUACAGAGUGUGGUUUGUAACCAAUGGGUUAGUACAUGCGUUCACUGGGUCAUUUUGAAUUGCUUUUUUAUUAUCAAUAUGCUGUUCACAGCUGCGGUGAAACCGUCAAACCCAAGCAUCCCCUUACUUCAGACAGAGCUCCUGAAGGGGAGAGGCUGCAAAUGGAACUCUGGUCCAACUCUGAAUAGAAUCAUAGUCAAUUCUAUCAGUUUCUGCAGGGCAAGGAUAAAACCCUAUGGCUGUUCCAUUUGAGAAUGUUCUAUUCUCUUAUUACAGAUUUUUAGAGAACAGAUGUAUUUGUUAGUCACGUGAAAUCAAUUCUAGAUAUUCAACAGGGACCAAGUUCAGGUUUGACUAUUAGAAAUCGUGAGAAAUGUAGAAUAUAUUUUAUUAAUUUAUUGAUUUGCCCUGUAUGCUUUGUGGACAAAGUUUUUUUAAAUGAGUUUAUGUUUGAGAUGUCGAUGUGUUGUACUGAUUUUAGUCUAUAAGUUAUGCUAGAUACAGGCGGCCAACUAGGGAGCAACAGUGAGUAUGUAUGCUGAAAUAUCUGGAUGUGUUUGGUGCUCUCUGAUAUGUGCUUUUGUCCUCCGAAUCUAAUCAACAAGAAGGCUUUUAGUCUAAUUGUUUGUCAGAUAAUUUUGCUUUAUUACUUUCAGUACAUUCCUGCUUUUAUUUAUCAUUAUAUUGCGAUUGUAACGAGUGUAUAUAACAUUCAUUCAUAUACAGUGAAUUCAGAAAGUAUUCAGACCGCCUGCAUUUUUUCACAUUCUGUUACGUUACAAACUUAUUCUGAAAUUGAUUUAAUUGUUUUUUUCCUUCAUCAAUCUACACACAAUACCCCAUAAUGAAAAUGUAACAUUUACAUAAGUAUUCAGACCGUUGACGUACCUUUGGCAGCGAUUACAGCCUUGAGUCUUCUUGGGUAUGACGUUACAAGCUUAGCACACCUGUGUUUGGGGAGUUUCUCUCAUUCUCUCUGUAGAUCCUCUCAAGCUCUGUCAGGUUGGAUGGGGAGCGUUGCUGCACAGGUAUUUUCAGAUCUCUCCAGAGAUGUUCGAUCGGGUUCAAAUCUGGGCUCUGGAUCUGGGCCACUCAAGGACAUUCAAAGACUUGUCCCAAAGCCACUCAUGCGUGUCUUGGCUGUGUGUUAGGGUGGUUGUCCUGUUGGAAGAUGAACCUUCGCCCCAGUCUGAGGUUCUGAGUGCUCUGGAGCAGGUUCUCAUCAAAGAUCUCUCUACUUUGCUCUGUUCAUCUUUCUCCCCAUCCUGACUAGUCUCCCAGUAUCUGCCGCUGAAAACAAUUCCCGCAGCAUGAUGCUGCCACCACCAUGCUUUACCAUAGGGAUGGUGCCAGUUUUCCUCCAGACAUGACGCUUGGCAUUCAGGCCAAAGAGUUCAAUAUUGGUUUCAUCAGACCAGAGAAUCUUGUUUCUGAUGGUCUGAGAGUCUUUACGUGCCUUUUGGCAAACUCCAAGCGGGCUGUUGUGCCUUUUACUGAGGAGUGGCUACUGUCUGGCCACUCUACCAUAAAGGCCUGAUUGGUGGAAUGCUGCAGAAAUAGUUGUCCUUCUGGAAGGUUCUCCCAUCUCCACAGAGGAACUCUGGAGCUCUGUCAGAGUGACCAUCGGGUUCUUGGCCACCUCCCUGACCAAGGCCCUUCUUCCUCGAUUGCUCAGUUUGGCCAGGCGGCCAGCUCUAGGAAGAGUCUUGGUGGUUCCAAACUUCUUCCAUUUAAGAAUGAUGGAAGCCACUGUGUUCUUGGGGACCUUGAAUGCUGCAUACAUUUUUUGGUACCCUUCCCCAGAUUUGUGCCUCAACACGAUCCUGUCUCGGAGCUCUAUAGACAAUUCCUUUGACCUCAUGGCUUGGUUUUUGCUCUGACAUGCACUGUCAACUGUGGGACCUUAUAUUGACAGUUGUGUGCCUUUCCAAAUCAUGUCCAAUCCAUUGAAUUUACCACAGGUGGACUCCAAGCUGUAGAAAUAUCUCAAGGAUGAUCAAAGGGAAACAGGAUGCACCUGAGUUCAGUUACGAGUCUCAUAAGCAAAAGGUCUGAAUACUUAUGUAAAUAAGGUAUUUUUAAAUUUAUUUUUUAAUACAUUUGCAACAAUUUCUAAACCUGUUUUCGCUUUGUCAUUAUGGGGUAUUGUGGAACAUUUUGUAUUUAAUUAAUUUUAGAAUAAGGCUGUAACGUAACAAAAUUGGGCAAAAGUCAAGGGUCUGAAUACUUUCCGAAUGCAUGGCAUAUAAAAAAAAAAGAGAUAUAUAUAUAUAUCUAAUGAUUGAGUUCAUCUUUAGUCGAUGAAUGGGGAUUUUAUAUAUAUAUAAUAUAAAACAUUUUUUUCCUUCCUUGCCAAGUUUUGGUGGUGGUUGUUCGGUUUUCCGCACUGUGAGUGCCCAUGAUCUGCUGUGUACUGUUCUGGAUGUAAAUGUUUGUUGGGAUGAGGUUGUUCACUGGAUGGUGACAGAAGUAUCCCUGUUCACUGUAGACCUGGGUUCAAAAAGUACUUGAAAGCAUUCGCUCGAGUCUGGCUGGAAUGACAGAUGGGUGGAUUUUGCACUUGUGGGACUCUUCUAUUGUGCCAGGUAAGCUAAAUCAAAUACUAUUUGAAUCCAGGUCUGGUUCUCUGUGCUGUUACCUUGUUUUGGUAGUGUAUACUCUACCAGUUUAGUUCUGCCACCCAUGGCUUUGAUCAAUCAGUCUGUUUAGGCCAUAUUAUUCAAUUUAAUUUGUUUUAAUAUCCCCACUGAAUAGUGAUGCUUUUCACACGGGAUGGAGUAAAAAUCAAUUUAAAAUUUCUUUGUGUUAUUUAUUGGAUAAGUAAGAGACAAUGCUGUUUUUAGAAAUAUGCUCAUAUGAUAUGCAACACUGGUGAUCGCCCAUACAUGCUAUUCAAUUCAUCUGGUGGUAUUGGUUGUUUGUUUAUCUCACCUGUUAUGGUAGUUCAAUUUAUAGGAUGUUUUUAUUGAUUGAUUGCUUAGAUACUUACCUGUGUUGUUUUCUUGUAUUGUUAUGUUGGUCUGUUGCAAAGUGCCUUCCCAAUACUGAUUGUGCACAGCAGUAGAUUUGAAAUGCGAGAUGAAAAAGGACCUAUUUCUCUAAAUGGUCAAUCAUGCGCAGAGUGAAUUGCAAUGACACUUUUGUACACAUAACAUGCACACAAAGAAGAUGUACAUUUGUAUAUGUAUGUUGGUAUUUUAUCAUUGUACUUGUCAAGAUUCUUCAACUUUAAACAUUUUUAAGUUACAUGUUUUAUUAAAACCUUUGGACGUAUUUCAAUAUAAGCAUACUUUUCUAUAGACGUCUGUUUUUGUACACUGUCUUUCAGUCUGUCAUCUCUGUCUGAUUGAUACAGAGUUGGGGAUGAAAUAAAUAUGUAUUUGAAACUGUU